AUGGCCUGCGAGGACAUGGAGGCCCUGCUGUCCAAGGGCGGGGACUUCACGAUCGAGCUGCUGAGGAUGGCUGCCGUCGUUGCGAAGGAGGAGCUGGCGGCCGCUACCACUGCUGCCACCACUGCUGCGGCGACAGUUAAUGCGCAGAGAGCUGCUGGGAGAUCGGUGGGCCAGGCGAAUGUGGAUGCGGAGAGGAUACGCCUGCUGGAGGCGAGGGUGCAGGUGUUGGAAGCGAGAGCUGCUGCAGCCGUGAUGUCCCCGGCCGCGGCGCAGAGGGCGGCAGCGGACAGGAUGAGCAAUGUUAGGAGGAGGCUGUGA